AUGCGACCACAACAGAAGUCUAAGACUCAAGAGCGAUGGAAAACUCAAAAGCGGACCCUUUGCCUGUACCAACGCCAAUCCCACCUCUGGAAGACGAAGCGGCUUCGCGAGCUUUUUUGGUUGCCUGGGAUCCCAUACUGGCCCAUGCAUGCGUCUGAGACCCUCGCUCGCCAGAUGACCAUCCCUAAUCUGGCCCGUAGAGCACGAGAGCAGCUCGGCACUUUUGAUUUCGACCAACUCAAAGUGCAAGCAUUCCACCUCAAGGUCGCGUCCAUACAUCUUCUUGCUAUUGGCGGUGGUAACUUUGUGUUCCUCAUCGCGCUUACCGACAAAACCGAUUUUAUCGCUCGUCUUCGGAUACCCACCGCUGGAGUAUCUGCCGAGAGCGUCUCCGCCGAACUCCUAUCCGAGGUUGCAACGAUGCAAUUCGUUGCGAAGCAUACUACUAUUCCCGUUCCCGCCAUCUUAGGCUGGAAUAAAACCUCCGAACCGGUCGGGACACCCUACAUCUUCAUGGAACGAGCCUUGGGCGUACCCCUCGCGCGGGCCUCGCCUCUUUUCACGACCGAAUCCUGGCGCCGUCUUACUGCGCAAGUUGCCGAUUUCGAGCAACAGCUCGUGGACCACCCUCUGGAAGCCAUUGGGGCGAUAACUGAUGAUGAUGGUACUGUUGGUCCACCACUACACCACUACAUGUUCCUUCCGCCGAACUCUCCUCGUUUCACAUCCUCGCGCGACUACCUUAUGGCCCGUCUGCGUGGCGCCCAAGAACACAUUCCCGACCCUGUCGAGUGGCAAAAUACGCGGGCGCUCUAUUCGGAAGACAGCGGGGGCAGCAACGCAGAUUCGCUCACCAGGGACGAGUUUUAUAACUACCUUGAGCGACUACAUGCCCAUGCAAUGACGAUGAAAUCGAUACCCGAACUUUUCCGACUUGCCCACGCAGAUUGGCACUCGCUCAACGUCCUCGUCCGCUCAGCGGAAGACCCUACAGUUGUAGCAGUCGUUGACUGGCAAGGAUCCCAUGUGCGGCCCAUCUGGGACCAUCCCUACCACUGUUUCAUGGCUCCGCUUUUCCAGCGCGACAACUACGACGUGGCCGUGCCCGAGGACGAACUUGGCGAACUGUGGGCCUCUCUGCGAGGCAACAUGCCGCUCCCGGAAUCGUGGUUUUGGGUGGAUACUCUCGAUAUUCAUCAAUAG